AUGAGUAUUAAUAUGAUGCAGCCUCCAAAACCUACCAGUGCGGCGCAGAAGGCUGCGAAAAUCCUGGCCUGGAUACAGAGGUCAGGCACCGCUCACAGUAUCAAAGAUCUAGAGAAAAUCCUGCCCGCAGUUGCCUCGAUCCCCUCAAUGCAGGUUAAAGACCAUCUUGUCGCCCUUGUUGACGAUGACAAAGUCCGAGUCGAGAAGAUUGGCUCGGGAAACUGGUACUGGAGCUUUCCGUCGGAUGAGAAGCAGCACCGGGAGGAAGAGUUGAAAAAGCUCAACGACGAGAAAGACCAGCUGAACAAGCAGCUGGAGAAUCUGAGCGCCAUGGUCAAGGACCGCGAAUCCCAGCUUGACCAUACCGGCGGACGAACGAGCAACAAUGGCCAAGCAAAGAGCAGGAAGGAGUUGGUGGAAACGAAUGAUGCCCUUGGAGUCGCGGUGAAGGAACUGAAGAUGUCAUUGGGAGAAUUCAGUGGUAUCGAUCCUGAUGAAGUGGCGGCGAAGUGGAGGACCGUGGGGGAACUGAGGGACAAGACGGAAACCUGGACGGACCAGAUUCAGUGCAUGGAAGGCUAUAUUGGAGAGAGAUGUGGGGACAAGGAGGAGGUGAUGUUUACGCUCCACCAGCAAUUCUAUGGCGAGGAGGCUGAUUGCGAGACGGGCCAGUUGAAGGAGUGGUCGGAAGACGCACCAACCCUAUCGAAUGCUUCCAUACCGACAAAAUUCCUAACCUCCCAACCUGAGAACCAUCGGAAUCCUCAAAUCGAUUACGACCUGCGGGUCCGCAGUCUAUCACUAUAUUCGAAAACUUUGACCAACCUCCGAUUCUCGAACCCAAGCGAGCUGUCGACAACACCCGCCGAAGUCAUCAUGAGUUCAACAGGCGACCGCCCACCGCUCUCCUCACAAGCCGGAUCGCAGAAUCCUCCUUCGACGACACAAGGCAGAGGCCGUGGAAGAGGUGGGAACGCUCCAAGAGGAGAACGUGGUACAAGGUCACCAUAUAGAGGCCGUGGGCGGGGCGGGAGACGAGGCGGUAGCAACCUCGACCGAUCCGCACCCCAGACUAAACCCAACGUCGAACAAUUAUCAAAUGCCGUAUCGGGCUUAUCUACUCAAGAGGGGGCCCGCGUGGAGAAGCCAGCGGAUGCGACGGAAGACGAGGGCGAUGCAGAGACCUGCUUCAUCUGUACUUCCGUCGUCAUUCAUUACAGUGUUGCUCCCUGCAAUCAUCGGACCUGCCAUAUAUGCUCCCUACGAUUAAGAGCUCUGUAUAAGACCAAUGCUUGUGCUCAUUGUCGAACUGCCGCCGAAUACGUUAUCUUUACUGACGACAGCGAGAAGAAAUUCGAGGAUUUCAAGGCAACGGACUUUUCCAAUGUCGAUGGAAACCUCGGCAUCAAAUUCGAGAAGCGCGAAAUCUUCGAAGAUACAGUGCUUCUCUUGAGAUACAAUUGUCCCGAUCCGACAUGUGAUGUAGCAUGUUCGGGCUGGCCUGAAUUGCAUCGCCACGUCCGCAACGUUCACCACAAAACCCUCUGUGACCUAUGCACUCGUCAUAAGAAGGUCUUCACACACGAGCAUACCCUCUUCAACCGAGCUUCCUUGCAAAAACAUGAACGGCACGGCGAUGAUAAUCCUGGAGACCUGGAACAAAGCGGAUUUCGAGGGCAUCCGGAGUGCGGGUUCUGUCGAAUGCGGUUUUAUGACGAUGAUGAGUUAUAUACUCACUGCAGGGACAAACACGAGCGAUGUCACAUCUGCGACCGACGUAAUCAGGGCACCAAUACCCGUCAGCAGUACUACCAAAACUACACCGAGUUGGAGUUACACUUUCGGAAACAACAUUUCCUCUGUCCUGAUCGCGAGUGUCUGGAGAAGAAGUUUGUGGUGUUUGAGUCGGAACUUGACAUCAAAGGGCAUCAGCUCGAAGCCCAUCCCGACGGUCUCUCGAAGGAUGCUCGCCGGGACGCUCAGCGAGUAGAUAUCUCCAGUUUCGCCUACUCCGACUUCCAACCCCCACAACGGGGGCAUCGGCAGGGUGGUGGUCGCGGUCGCGGCCGUGAUCCGAAUGCAGAUGCGCUUCCUCCCAGCUCCGCUCAACCACUACGCCGUGACGAGAUGGCAUACCAUCGCCAACUGGCCAUUCAAGGGGCUCAAAAUGAAGUAUCGAGAACGUUUGGAGGUGCAUUGACUGCGUCUCCUGGGCCAGCUUUUGCCGCUAGCGCAGGGAGUUCCGACGCUCCGACGACGGUUUCUGUUCGACCAUCUGCCGGCAGAAUCCAGCGACCACCCACAGAAGCCCCAGCGCCACCAGCCAUCGACUCACGCAACCCCCCUUCGCCGCGGACUGCUGCUCGAAGCCUUCGCCAUAAUGCCCUCAUUGGCCGAGUGGCUCGGUUACUCUCUGACCCCGAAUCUGGCCUUACCACCUUCCAAUCCCUGAUCGCUUCAUUCAAGAGUGGCGCCAUCUCAGGCUCCGACCUCAUUACCGGAAUUUUCGACCUGACAUCAUCGGCCUCACGCUCGGAAGUGGGCAAAGUCAUUAACGAAUUGGUUGACAUAUUUGAAAUAGAGCCCAAAAAGCAAGAGCUACGAAGUGCUUGGAAUGAUUGGAAAGCCAUGCACGAAGACUAUCCGUCGCUGCCGGUGAUGUCCGAGCCCGGUUCUUCCAGGCCACUGCCGAGCUCAACAUGGGCAGGGGCCGGCUCCGGAAGGGUUCUGAAAUUGAAGAGCAGUACAGCUCGCAGUGCUCGUAGAGCUGGCGUGGCCGAUACCUUCCCUACUCUGUCCGCAGCAUCAAAAAAAACAAAAAAUGCCCGUCCGACAAAUACACCGUGGGUGUCGCUACCCACCCCUUCGCCUGCAGCACCCUCCACCAGCCGACCGACACGAGAUGUUCCCGCAAUUAUACGAUCACCCAAGCCAACUGGUGGAGACUCCUUUCCAGCGUUGCCGCCAGCUGCAAAACCGGUUUCUUCGGUGUUUAGCCCUGGUUACCGAGGAAACGCGGUUCUCCGGGCUCCUGGCAACGCAAACGGCGCCAGCUCCAAUGCCUGGGGAUCUCGUGGCAAUGAAAAUAACACACAGGCGGCUCAAGGAAGCCUCGAUGGGAUGGGAGCCGAGGGGGAUGCUGGUGGCAAGGCGAGGAAGGGCAAGAAAGUGCUGAUGAAGUUUGGAUAG